AUGACAAAUCCAAUCUCCUAUCCUCGAUCACAGCCAUGUCGUAGCACGCCCGUUCCCUACUCAUCGCGACCCGGAUCCGCAGCAGGACGAGAACGCGAACGCGAACGACAACGCGGCGAGAACGUUGAUGAGAAAGCUAACGAGAACUACGAUGAGGACACCAACGACGACACCAACGACGACACCAACGACGACACCCCCGAGGACACCCCCGAGGACACCAACGACAACAACAACGCCAACGACAAUGCUAACGCCAACCCCAACCCCAACGCCAAAAGCCAACCAACUCCAUAUCCGAACAAUCUCAAAUCCAACAAAACCAAACCCACCUUCUCUUCGCCGGUCAGGGGGCAAUGGAGACGCAGAACGCACGACAGAUCGUGUCACGCCGCGCGCGAGCAGCCGUGUUUGGAACCUAGCUAA